AUGUCCCUGUGGAUCCUGCUCCAUCUUGCCUUCCUUGGGCUCAGCAGCAUCCCACCCUGGGUCCAAGGAUCCAGCCUAUCCUGGCCAUCCUCCCUUGACCUCAACUCACCCCUAGAGGUCCAUGAAACCAUCCAGAUUCCUAACAAUGGGAGUGCACCCCUGCAAGUGAGCGUGCAGGUGUUUGUGUCCAAUGUGUUUAAUGUGGACAUCCUGCGGUACACAGUGUCUUCUAUGAUGAUGCUGAGGCUGUCCUGGCUGGAUGCUCGCCUGGCCUGGAAUGCUAGUGCACACUCUCGGCAUGCAGUCACACUGCCCUGUGAAUCACUCUGGACGCCUGGACUCACCAUCCGGGAAGCGCUCUGGGUGGACUGGAAGGACCAGAACCCACAGGCCCGAGUAGACCCAGAUGGCCAUGUGGAGCUUAACCUGGCUCUCACCACAGAGACCAACUGCGACUUUGAGCUCCUCCACUUCCCCAGAGACAAGAGCGACUGCAGCCUCAGCUUCUUUGCUUUUAGCAACACUGUGAGGGAGCUGGAGUUCCGGGCCCAUGCGGUGAAUGAGAUUGUGAGUGUCAAGAGGGAAUAUGUGGUUCGUGACUUAAAAACCCAAGUCCUGCCCCUGCAGGUAGUACCCUGCUUCCAGGUGACGCUGAGCCUGAAGAACACAGCACUCAAGUCCAUCAUAGCGCUGCUGGUACCUGGAGAGGCACUGCUGUUGGCUGAUGUGUGUGGGGGGCUUUUGCCCCUCCAGGCUACCGAACGCAUUGCCUACAAGGUGACAUUGCUGCUGGGCUACCUGGUCUUCCACUCCUCCCUGGUGCAGGCCUUGCCCAGCUCCUCUUCCUGCAACCCACUGCUCAUUCACUACUUCACAGUCCUGCUACUGCUGCUCUUUCUUAGCACCAUAGAGACCGUGCUGCUGGCUGGGUUGCUAGCUCGGGAUAGUCUUGGAGACAAAAGUAGCCCCAGCCCAGGUCCAAGAAGAGAGCAGAGAAAGGAGAACCUGGGGCCUAAUUCUGAAGCAGACCCCAGCGGAGGAAAGAGGUCAAGGAGAAGCUGGGCUGAGGCUGCUGAUCAUGCCUUCUUCCUCGUUUAUGUGACCAGUGUGGUGUGCAGCCAGCUCAUCUUUGCUGGAACAUGGAUAUGGGCAACAUGCAAGUCUGACCCAGCCCCUGGCAAGGCUGUCCCUCAUGGUGGGCCACCCAAGCUGUAACAGGGCCCAGUGCUGUAGACCUUAGGAUGAGGUGUGGUUUCCUGAGACUGGAGGGAGAGAAGGACAGAGGGGGAAGAGGGAAGGCUCUUUGCUUAACUCUUGGGGGCCUUGAGCACCCUGAGCUCACUCCUCUGUGUGUACAGCAGCAGAGUGAGAAAUAAACCCAUCACCCAGGCAAGUGCACCUCAAGGGUUUGCCUUCAUUGAACCCAACUGUUCACUCUCAUCCUAAGUAGGUGAGGCCUGACUUUAUACUCUUUAUACUUUGCUCCUGAACUGCUGGCCAUUAUCCACCAGUGUCUCGCCCCACACACUCAACCUUACUGCUCUUUCUGUGACCACUGCUGCCAUUCACUGAUGCCAGGAACAGGGAGACAGGUAUAUGAGCGGCUAGCCCCAGAGGGCGGGUCAGAACUCCUCUAAACACUUCCUGGGAGGGAAUGGAGAGAGAGCACUCAUGCCCCCCAA